GCAAAGGGUUAGGCUCAUCUGGGGCUUCUUAGGCCCACACUGGAGAAGGAUCGCAUCCUUGGACUCGAUCUUCACGAUAGCCUCAUCAUGGUAAUCCAUCUUUGCGCGCACAAGGCAAGGGCGAUGGAUCGAGUUCGGUAGUUGGGGUUUGCACCUGCUUCAAACUCGAUAUGACUUGCCAUCUUUGGUACAUGUAUCCUUGUUCUGAUCCGGACAAGGAAUGCUCUCCUCGGCUCGAAAAGUGAGCCCGCGUGGAUAUAUGAAGGCCUUUCCCUGUCUUCACAAAUCUUAGUAGCUUCACUAUUCCAUCUCUUCUCGACCGCAGCCGCCAUUAUGGGAUCACUGGCGCCUGAACCUGCAAUCUUGACAACUUACCCUUCGCCUGCAAUCAUCAAGAUCACCUUGAAUCGACCUAGAUCGCUCAAUGCGCUCAAUAUAAGUCUACUCACUGCUUUGGUAAACACGCUUCAUCUUGCUCGCACCGAACGUCGACGCAUCAUCAUCCUGGAAGGAGCCGGCGAUCGUUCUUUCUGUGCCGGCGAAGACCUCAAAGAGACUCUUGCUCCAGCCACCGGUACCGCUGAGGAGUUACGCGUUGCAUUCAACCUGCUGCAGGACAUCACCCGGUUGACAUCCAGCUCCGAAUCACUCGUGAUCGCAGCUGUGCAGGGGUUUGCCAUUGGCGGCGGAGCCGAAAUAGCACUCGCUGCUGAUUUUGUGAUUGGAGGCCCUGGAGCGAAAUUCAGGUUUCCGGAAGUCCCCAUCGGCCAUGCCGCCACAGGAGGUAUCACGCUCAGGCUGACACACAUGGUCGGGCUGCUCAAGGCCAAGGAACUACUCAUUCGAGGCCGCUUCAUACCCGCAGAGGAGGCCUUUGCCAUAGGACUCAUGAGUGAGCUUGUGGAAGACCCGAAGAGUAGGGCGAUUGAGCUCGCCCGAGAAUUGGAAAGCUUGCCCACCAUCUCCGCGAUGAGCUCCAAGGCUGGCCUAGAGCGAGCAGUAUUUCCAAACAUGGAGGUGAGUUUGGCUGAUGAGGUCAACGUGGCCAGCUACUGCUUUGCCCAGAGUGAUGCUGCCAAAGCAUUCGAGAAUUUCGCGAAGAGGAACCGAACGAGCAACGGCAACACCAAACACACUCCCGAAUCUGCAUCUGCCUCACCUCAGCCCGGUCCUGAGUGUCCAGUUUCCACCACCUCGGAGGCACACAAAGGCCCUGUCCCAGCCAGUACAGCAACAACAGACUACCUGAGGUCGGUCAGAGACAUCAAUACUGCCUUCGACAAUGCUGUCAAAUCCUUUGGAGCCAGGUCCUUCCUCAAGUUCGGUGGAAAGACUUAUUCCUUUGAGGACAUUGACAAUCGUGUUUCAGAGCUUGCCGGUGGGUUGGCAUAUCUUGGGAUUACCACUGGGGAUCGUGUCCUUGUAAUGAUGCGAAACAACAUUGACAUGGUCAAUCUCUGGCUUGCAACCAACCGACUGGGGGCGACCUGGGUCCCUAUCAAUGUGGAACUAAAGUCGAUCACUUUACAACACGUUGUCCACGCCGCCGAGGCGAAGAUAGCUAUUGUGGAUGCUGAGUUCGUUCAAGGGCUCGAGGCAGCUGAAAUUCAGUGCGACUACCGUCUGUUCAUCCGAGGAAACCAUGAUCCGAAGACAGACCUCGAAACCCUGUAUACACUGGGUCCACCGGUGAAGUCGGCUACUCCAGUGGCAGCCUCAUCAUCUGCAGCCUUUCUCUAUACCAGCGGAACAACUGGAAAAUCGAAGCCAUGCGUUCUUUCUCAUCAAUACUUCAUCCUUCAAGCAUCCGCCCUCAUAGAGACUUUUGGCCUUCAUCAAGACGACGUCCUUUACUGCCCUUUUCCCUUAUUUCAUGCCGAUGCAACCGCAUUGACUGUUAUACCGGCCAUUCUCCUCGGUGCCACGGCAGCGCUUUCGGUUCGUUUCAGCGCGAGUCGCUUCUGGGACGAGGUUCGAGAGGCUGAUGCCACUGUGUACGACUUCAUGGGAGCAACGUUAGCAUUGACGUACAAGCAAGCACCCACCUCUCGUGAUCGCGAUCACCAUGUCCGGUUGGCAUGGGGCGUGCCCAUCCCAAAAUUCGCCGAGGACUACGAACAGCGAUUCGGACAUCCAUUGUACACGCUGUACGGCAGUGUAGAGGCAAGUCUCCCGGUGAUGCAACAGGGACCUCGAGUAUUGGGAUCAUGUGGGAGAGUGCGACCGGGCUACCACCUGCGCAUAGCAGACGAAAAUGACGACUCACUCCCGCCGAACACUCCAGGACACCUUCUUCUGCGAAGUGACGUCUCCAAUGCAUUUUUUCAGGGCUAUUUCAACAACCCACAUGCCACUGUGACAGCCUACUCGAAUUUGUGGCUGCAUACCGGCGACCUCGCCAGAAUCGAUGAAGACGGGAACGUUUACUUUGUCGGUCGGGUCAAAGACGUGAUUCGGCGACGAGGCGAGAAUGUCAACGCGGCGGAGAUCGAGGAGGAAUUUCUGCGCCAUGAGGAUGUCGUCGUGGCUGCCGCAUUUGCGAUUCCCUCGGACCUGGGAGAGGGCACUGAGGACGAGGUCAAGGUCGCCGUGAAAUUGCGCGAGAACAGCCUGGCUCAAGAGGCUGACCUGUUCGAUUGGGCUGUUCAGCACAUGGCGAGGUUCCAAGUACCGAGUGUGAUUGAGAUCGUCUCGGGCUUGAAGCGAACGCCAACAGGUAAGCUGGAGAAGAGCUGGCUCGGAGCCGAGGGCGGCAAGAAGUUUGAAAUUCGAAAUCGGCCCUCCAAGGAGACUUAUUAAGCAUACAUUUGUUUUCUAUUGCCAUGAAGGCUUGCUCAGUCCCGGGCUUGCUCUAUGGUGGAGAAAUGUGGAUCACAACUGCCUCAAGAUGUAAGCCGAUUGAACAGAACCAUCACUGACAGGUCAAGAUAUCCAAUCACACAAGUCCAUGCAAGAAAUUUAUCCUCAAGUUAAGUUCAUGUAGAAUAUUGGACUUACUCAGUCCUGCCAC